AUGUCGGAAUACUGGAAGUCGACGCCCUCGUAUUGGUGCAAGUUCUGCAGCCAGUAUGUCCGCGAUUCACCACUGGAACGAAAGAAUCACGAAGCCAGCGGGAAGCACCAGAACAACAUCCAGCGAAAUCUACGAGAGCUGCACAAAGGUCGAGAGCGAGAGGAGAGGGACAAGCAACGCGCGAAAGAUGAAGUUGCACGACUCAAUGGGUUGGUGGGCGACAAGUCAGGCAGCAAUAAAAGCACCAUACAACCUCCAAGUCGGCCUGUCCAGGCACAACCUGCAGCGACGCCAUCGAGCCUCGCUGCGCAGAGAAAAGCGCAUGCAGAACAACUAGCGGCCAUGGGCAUCGAUCUGCCUGAAGAACUGAAGAAAGAAGUCACGGGUGUAGGCAACUAUCACGUCGUGGCCGAGCGAGUAGUCGGCCCGGCAGAAGGCGGCGCCUCGGAAGACGAAGGUGAGAGCAUAUCUCGACGGGCAUACAAGAGGAAGGCGGAGGAGGUCGAAGGAGCUCGCGAUGAGGAAGCCGCUCCGAAGAGGCAAGCUUGGGGAAGCAACAUCAAAAGCUAUCCUGGGAAGACGGAAGCUGUCGACGAUGGGACCGAUCUCGAUGCUCUGCUCAACGGUGUUGCUAAGAAGAAAGAACCCGAGGCCAAGAAGGAGAAGACCGAGGAGGGCGGCGACGUCAAGCAAGAAGAGGAGAUUGAGACAACGAAGCCGCUCAGCGAGAUUCCGGACGUCAGUAGCAUCAAGCCCGAAGUCGACGCUGGUUCUUCUGCGCCUACGAUCAUGUUCAAGAAACGGAAAGGCAAGAAGUGA